AUGAAUUUACUUCGCUACCAAAUCGUUGUCUUAGCACAGUUUGUACUGAUAUUGUACGACUUAUUUGCAAAUUCAUUCUCUGAGCUGUUCAGUAAUGUGAAUGUAAACCUGUCAGUCAUAUACGUAGUACAAGAUCUGUGUAUACUACUAUGCAUUUUGAUUUUCUGCCUGCUCCUAUCUAGUACAUUUGUUUUCAAGCAGAUAUCAAGAUGGAAUAGUUCACUAGAUAUGCCAUCAUCUGCUGGAUAUCAGGUCUUACUUGCUUUUCAGAGAACAUGGUCAGUAUUAUACUACUUUUUCUAUAAAAGAACCAUUUAUCGACUUGGAGAUAUUCGAUAUUAUGAAGAUUGUGAAUGGAUAAGAAAACAAAUUGAAAAUAGUGGAUGA